UGGCAGCAGUUGUGUCAGCAAACUCGCCCCUCUCCAACAUAGCUGCUUUUGGGUUUAUUUGGUCGACGAUAGCAGCACAGACACUAGCAGGUUGAAGGCACUGUAUGUGUAAGCACAAACAGCAAGUAAACUGUACUUUUGCUGCUGGCUGCGGUCACAGGCAAGAGUGAGAGAGAUCUAAACUGUGUGUGGAUUCAUAACCAUGCCACUACAGUAAUUGCGAGAGCAUGUGACUCAUUCAAAUGCUUUUCUUCAUUAGUACAACUUUGGAUCUCUGAAGCAACGACACGGGUUCGCCUAUUUGCUGUAAGAAAAACAACAACUGAGAAAAGAUGGGUCGCACUUCCAACAGUGAAAUAUGGAAUUAUUUCGAGAAUAUCGUAAAGGAUGGCAUAGCAGAGUGUAAAAUAUGUUCCACUCGUAUGAGAAAUAAUCGCGUUUUUAAUUUACGCCAGCAUUUACGCAAAGUACACAAAAUGGACAUUGAGGUGCAAGAUGUUUCGAAUAACUCUCAAGUAUCGGCGUCUUCUCCCAAGCCAUAUGACGAAGAACAAAUUAAUGCUGUAUUGAAAUUGGCAAAGCGAAAAAUGCAAGAAGAACGUUUGGGAGAAAAACGUUAUAAGAGACGAGCCUACAUCGAAGUGAAUAAGAAACUCGUUGUACGUUCCGUAAUCGGCUUAGUAGUUGAAGAUGGUAUUGGACCAAAUAUAAUGGAUAGCAGUAAUAUGUUAAAUUUAGUGAAACCUCUUUGCAAUGCAAUAUAUGGGCAAGAGCUAAAAACAUUUACGAUGGAUACUAGUCGGGUUGAACGUAACAUAGAUAUGCUGGCAUCUAAUAUGCGAACUGAUUUUUCAAAGGAUUUGCACUGGCGAUUGUUGUCACUAAAAAUUGAUACAGAUAUUGAUGCCCCGCCGAAAACAUUUUGCCUCAGUACCCAGUUUAUUGACGAAGGUCAAGUGGAAACACGCAUAUUGGGAAUAAUAAAGCUCAAUGAAGACGAGGUGAAUUUUUCGCAGAAACAUAUUCAACCCAUUUUGAAUAAAUUUGACAUUGAUAACAGUCAAAUAGUAUCGAUCACCUGGGAUCAUACCAAGGAGAACUUCUCGCGGUCAGUAAGAAAUUCUGAGUAUCUGAAAGAAAUUGAACUGUUACAAAACUAUCCAGACAUCAACAUUGGAAGCAUCCAAGUUCAACCUUAUAUUGGCACAAUAGCUCAUAUUUGUUUUAUGGACAUUUUUAAAAACCCCCAGAUCUUUCAACUGUUUUUGGAAUGCCGAAAUUUUGCCAAAUAUUUAAACGAUGAAUCGAAUGGUUACUACAAGAUUUUUGAAGAUCAAAAUUUGAGAGUUCCACAAAUUGAUUCACCAUGGAGAUGGGGUUCGACAUAUAACAUGAUGAAUGAUUUGUAUAUGGCUCGUAAUGUUUUGCAAAAUGUUAAAUUCGAGCAAGUUAGUUCGCCAGAAGAUCAAUUUAAAGUCAAUGAUAAUUUAUGGGCAUUUAUUGAAGCCUAUUGUGAUAUUCUGAAAUAUCUGCAGAAGAGUCUGCUACGUUAUUAUAAAGAGGAGCAACAUAUUGGCGAUUUUUAUGCUCAAUGGCUAAAAUGUAAACUUCUCAAUCAGAAACUCAUGAAAAAUCAUUCAAAUACAGAGAGUUUCAUAGGGCUUAUUGCGCAGGAACUCAUGAAUAGUAUUGAAGCUAGAACAAAGACAUUACUAGAAAAUGAUCGGUUCACCGGUUGUCUGUAUUUGGAUCCUCGUUUCCAACACACGCUUAAUUUGCCACAGAAAACGAUGGCAGUGGAAUAUUUGAAGAAACUAUGGUCGCAUGCAAAACUUUACAACCCACAAAUGACAAAACCAAAAUCUGAAGACAAUGAAUCGACCCAGCUACAGGACCAGCAACAAUUUGAUGACGAUGAAGAUGAAUUUCUUAAUGAAUUCCUGUGCAAAGGCAUUAAAGUCAAGGAUGUCACAACUGCAGAUGUGCACAAGCAUUUGGAGAGGCUUAAAUUGCCGUUUCAAAUGGUAGAUACAAACAUUUUAUUCUUCUGGAGAGAGUGGAAAUUCAGCGAACCUGAAUUACAUUACCUUAGUUCAAUAUGCUUUUCGAUACCUGCAACACAGAUUUAUAACAAAAUAAACUAUUGUCACAUACCUUUCAACUGGGCCGGUAGUACAAAUCUUAGCGCAGACACUUUAAAUUUUAUUCGACUGAAUUCACACCUUUUGGAUAGUGCCUUUGCCCGGGUGGAUACAUUCUCAGAAGACGAUGCCUGUUCAAAUAUGUCGGAUGAUAUGCAGUUGGAGAAUGAUGAUGAAACUCAUAAUCUAGCAGAGGAAUAUUUGGCUGAUUAAAGAGUUUAAAUGAUCACAAAAAAUAUUGACGAUUGAUUUAUAUUUGCAACAGUCGCUGUAAUGAAAUGCUAAUUAAAUUAGCAAUUGCUCCGCUACUAUUUAAAAGACUUAUUUAAAUAUAUAUUUUAAAUAAAACUAUGUAUUUUUUUAAA